UUCACCACAGUUAGGCAACGGGAAACACACCCAACAAUUUCACAGCAAUGUUAAGUUCUAUGACAUGUUGACAAAGCACAACAAAGCUCUACAACCUCUUCUAAGUCCCUCUCGCAAUGAAGCUGCCGGGCCUCAUUGACCUUAGUCUCUUAUUGAUCCUGGCCUCCAAUUCAAAAGGUAAAAAUUGGAACAUUUCUGUUGAAAGAAACAUUAAUGCAACACUGGGCUCAAAUGUGGUCAUACCAUGCAGUUUUACCUAUCCGCCUGAACACCGCACUGAAAAUGUCCAAGUUUUCUGGAAAAAGCCUGAGAAAAGUAAAAUUGACACAGAAGACAAAAAUGACCAAAAUGCAUUCAUUUUUCACAAGAACGAUACAUUUGUGCUUGAGAAGUACAAAGGAAAGACCAAGCUCAUUGGAAAUAAAGACAAAGGAAACUGUUCCCUCAUGAUCAAAGAUAUCCAGGAGAAUGAACCGAAUAUCUAUCUGAGAGUUAUCGCAAAGGGUGACCGGUACAGUUUCAAAAAGGAAUUUGUCUCCAUCUCUGUGCUCGGUGCUACACCAGUCACUCUAGGAACAGAUAUCAAUGAAAUCUCAACACCCACUUCUGAAACAACUCCAAAUAAUACAAGGCAGCCUGAGACUUCAUAUGUGGCCAUCAUUGUAUCAGUUGCUGUAGUUCUGGCCAUCAUUUUUAUCAUUGGCAUUGUCUUUUUCAUAAAACACAAAAGGUCAAAGUCUUUUAUCAGGGAGAACUCUGGAUAUUACGCAAAUUUUAGCAGACCAUCAUCAAACCAACUCAACAGAGAAGUAUGUGGUAAAAAACAAGAUGAGAAACUUCCUGAACCAAAGGUCAUUGAAGACCCAAUCUACAUGAACACACAGGCCGGUCCAGGUCAGAGGGAUCAAAGUAUGGAUCACACGGACAAUAUAUAUGCAAACGUGGAUUAUUCAAGUUAGGAGAAACAUCUUACAUCUCAAGUCCAGUCUAUUUGGUUUUAAUCUUAAACAUUUAUUCUGUUUUCACCAUUGUUUUGCACGCAUGAAGAAACUUCUUCUAAGCAGUUUUUUUUAUCAGAUAAAGACUAGAUGUCAUUGCAAAACAAAGAAGAUCAGACUUGUAAUUAUUUACUGGCUCAUGGGUGAAGAAAUUGUUAGAGGCCAGGAAUGGCUUAGUUCAUAAUAUUUUUCUGAGACUUGUUUCUGUUACGUGAUACCUCUUCCUUCACUGUGUAGAAUUUUAUAAUUUUAAGCUUUUAUAGUUCUGUUUUAGGUUUAUGAUCCCUGACUUUUGCAGCACUUCUUUUUUUCGUUUUUUCUUACUGUGUAAAAUGUGACUUGUGCACCAUAUGCCAAUUAAGGCAAAUUCAUGGUGUGGGAAAACCUACAUGGCAAUAAACCAAUUUCUGAUAUUGAAGUAGUAGUUCCUGUAAUGCAAGUUAGAGCCUAACUUGCAGGCGUCACAUCAUGUACACAAGUUUGCAGUAUAUUAAGUAGACAAUUUGUUGUAUUUAAAGGAUAGGUUCAGAUGUAUCCCAGUCUGACUCUAUACAUUGAUCACAUGACUAUACAUACAUUUGAAUAAUUGUUGGUUGGUCUAAUAAUUCCUUCAGGACACAACUUAUCUUUUUCUGCUGUAUAGUGAGACUACAAUGGGGGCACCGACAUGAUAUACAGGUGACCAGGGGUGGCACAGACCCCUCUGACAGACACAAACCUAUCCUUUAAAACCAGUUUGUCUCACUUCACCCGGUGUGUUUGGAAAUUAUAUUUGUGCACAACUCUGCACCUUAUGAUUUACGGUUAUGUUUCAAGAAAAGUGGACCCAAAGUGCAAACACAGACACAAAGGAUAAGGUGAACCGAAGAACUUUAAUCACUAAAAAGAAACCAGAACAAACAAAGGGCAUCUGAGAAUCCAGGGCUAAAGGGCCUAAACAAUGAUCAUCUAAAUAACACAAGGAAUAAAGAAAACUCUGGGAAAACAGAUUCACUGAAUGCAGUGGACACUGGAAACACAGAAUGCUGACGACACAAGGGAGAAAGCGAACAGGAUGUAGGCCACACAGAGAAAUGCAGAAUCCAAGCCAAUACUAGGAACUCAGAGUAGCAAAGAACAAUACUGAAUACAGGCAUUUCAGGAAACUCAGAGGAAACAAAGUGACUGCAGAGAACAAGGAGACACAAAGAGACACAGAUCACAGGAAAGGCUUCUCACACAGUAAAACAGGAAUUUUAAGACACCAUGAAAAUACAGCUGCUACAAGGACACAAGAAAACC